AUGGAAAAUCAAGAUUUGUCUGGCAGAGGAAGUUGUAGAGAGUUUGAGGAUGGAAACACUUUGGAGCAUGUGUGGAAAGCCUUGUCUGGUGAGGGUAAAGAAGAGUAUCAGGAUCUCAAAGUUGAACAAAUGGUUACUGAAAUUAAAAACAAAGAUCACAAAAAGAAGCAUAAAUGUCCAACCUGUGAAAAGUCCUUUCCCUCCAGAGCACAUCUAAAGGAACAUGAAGUCAGCCAUUCCAGUGUACAGCAGUUCCAGUGCUCAGAGUGUGGGCAAGGCUUUAAGAGGAAGAAUGCUUUGAGUAAACACAUGAGAAUUUUUCAUCCUGAUGGAUCUCACAAUGUUGUUUGUUCUUGUGGCAAAGUUUUUGCCUCUAGGGACUUGAUGGAGAAGCACAAGGAGAACAGUGGGCAGCAUCGGUUGCUAGUGUGUGGUGAGUGUGGGAUACUGUACAAGACCCAGGCCAGUUUGGACAGCCACCUUUUGCUCCACAGGGAGAGCCAGACAAGUGAAACUGCUGCUUGGCCUCACACUUGCCACAUCUGCCAGGAAAGGUUCAGUAGCCGAGCUUCUCUCAACAACCACACCAAGGACUUCCACAGCACCAGUGUCUUCCAGUGCCCAGAGUGCAGCAAGACCUGCAAGACCCUGAAGCUCCUCCACCUGCAUCGUGUGCGGAGACACACAGCAGGCAAUCAGGAGUUCCUGUGUCCCCUUUGCAGCAAGGCAUUCCACAUCCUGAAAGAUCUCCGGCGCCACAUGCAGACCCACAACCCGGCAGGAGCACGUGAGUGUCCUGUGUGCCACUCAAAGUUCAAAACAGACUCAACACUGCGCUCACACAUGAAGUCGCACUCCAAGGGAAGGCCAUAUGACUGCAGCAUUUGCCUCUUCCCAUUCUGCUCACUGGAGGCACUCACAGCCCACCUACAGAGUUACCACAGCAUUGAGGAUGUUGGGAAUGACUUCAGUGAGACCUGGGAUUCCAAGUGUCUUGUGUGUGGGCAGGUGUUUCUGAGACGCUCGGCCCUGGCACAACAUAUGCGGUCACACUGUGAUUCUGGGGGCACACAGCUUGUAGUUCUGGAAGACACUGCUAUUGAUAUUACUAGAAACACUCUAAUGAGAGAGGAGCUAAAUGAAACAACUCAGUCAAUGGUGCAGACAAGGCAAAUUGAGAUGAACAAAGAAGGUGCUUCAAGCCACCAGAAGCCAACACAAGCUGAAACGGAGUCAACAAAAUCAAAGAGAGAAAGCUCCCUUGAAGCAGACAAAGUAACUGACAAUAAACAGGUGCCAGUCACUGCAGAACAAAGCAUCUCUGCCAGUGAUCAACUUUAUGAAGCAAACAGUAGUAAAAAGACUACCAUAAAGGGCCAAAACAAGGAAGACAGGCUCUCUCCCCAUCCUGCCAGAGAUAAUGCAUGGCAGGAAAGAAGCAUCCAGACACUGGAAAACUCUACAGAGGUAGUUGUUGAAGGGUUGGCAGUCUCAAGCAACAGUGCAGCUGAUGGUGAGGAGACGCGAUACAUCUGUGAGGCGUGUUCCCUAGUGCUGACAGACAUGGAGGAGCUGAAGGUUCACCUCCUGACCUGCUACAAGGAAGACUCAAGUGAUGAGUGUUUUGUUGUCUUUGAGGUUGAUGAUAACAAGAUUCAGAAUAAGUGAUCUACAUUACAGUGCAACUGUAGAAAUAAGUUUAACAUGUAAUUUAAAGUUUGUAUUUUAAGUUUCCCUGUUCGUGUACAAAAUAUGGUGUACAGAGACUUGUUAAUUUGAAUAUAUUUAGUUUUUGAUAAGAAAAUGUAAGAAAAUCCAUUAAAUAAAUCUUGUCAGAA